AUGUUGUCAGCCUCCGCGGCGACUUUGGGAGAUCCUCGCUUUCGUAUUCAUGGGCCUUCCUACGCCUACAUGGAUUGCUCUGCUUGCAUUGCCUUCGCCGGCUAUCUGGGGCAGCGAAUGAACGCCUCCCUAGAGUACGACGGCAGGGGUGGGGCCACCUUCCUCUCUACGCAUCGCCUAAACGAAGAGAACAAACUCCAGCGGAGUGUGUACGCGACAAGCGAGUUGCGUUCUGUGGAAGUUUUGGAAAAAAUAUGCAACGACGCUCUGCGUGAGAACUAUGUGCUGCGUCUAGACCUCGACAGACGUAUUCGCGUGUACGAGUCUGAGAAGUCCGAUUCGCCCUUUGCCCAGCACUACAGUAUGCAGGACGCCGAUGCGCUCAAGUCCCCCUCCAAGACUGCCGUUUGGACCUUUUGCACACGUGUGAUGAGUGAGGAAGAAGAUGCCAUGAUGGCCCUCGUGCGGGAGGUGCAUGACUUGACAGAGUUGGAGCGACGCCUGUGUGGCGGCAACGACGUCAAUAGCAGCGCUGUGACGACGCCACCGCCACCCCUUGAGAACUUGGUUACAGCUGUGUGCAUUGGGACGGAAGCGAGCCUUAAUGCGGAGCUUGGUCGCAUCCAGCGGUAUGAGCUGUGGCAAGACAGCAUCUCCAAGCGGCGGGAAGAAGCGCUCAAGAACAUUCGGGAAGAAAGCGAUGAACCCGUUUUUGCAAAGCCAGUGGAACCUGAUGACGAGAGAUACAAACCGUGGUCCCUAUUUCCAGAAAUGGAUGCCGCUACCGGCGAAGAUGGAGACAUUGAUGACAGCGAUGAUACAGCAGAACGGAAUAUGGAUUUGUAG